AUGUCUCUCGCUCCCAUCCUCGCUGCUCGCGGUGUCGAGUCCUUCCCCGGCACCUGCAAGAUUGACAUCUCGGCCAAGAUCGAGGGCUGCGGCGCCGGUGUGGAGAUCAUCAUUGGCGGCGGCAACUACCACGUCGAGCCCAAGCCCGACUACAUCUGCAUCACCCCCACCAAGCCCGGUGAGGGCGAUGGCGGCGUCCCUCCCGUCGUCAAGCCUCCCGUUGUCAAGCCCCCCACCGUCCCCACGGUCCCCGUCGUGCCUACUGCCCCCACGGUGCCUACCGUUCCCGUUGUUCCCACCUACCCCGUCGUCCCCACGGCCCCGACUGUCCCGACCGCGCCUACCGUGCCCACUGUCCCCACUGUGCCUACUACCCCCGGCGGUGGCAACAACGGCGGCUACCCCGAGGGCGGCAACAACGGUGGCUACCCUGAGGGCGGUAACAACGGUGGUGACAACGGCGGCGACAAUGGUGGUGACAACGGUGGUGACAACGGUGGUGACAACGGCGGCGAGCAGCCCGAGGUCUGCCGCAAGCCCACUCUCUCCCUGAACCUUCUCGACCUCGUCGACCUAGACCUCUUCACUGGCGAGGACAUCACUGUGCUCGCCGACAUCCUCGGCCUCGACCUCAACCUCCUCAUCGGCGGCACUCUCGGCGACGCUCUCGGCGGCCUCGUCGACGACCUCGGCAAGACCCUCGGCAACCUUCUCGGCGGCCUGCUCGGCAGCAAGAAGGACAGCAAGGACGCCGACGCCGCCCGCGAGAGCGUCCGCUCCGACUUUGACCGCCAGUUCGACGUCAAGUGCGGCCAGACCAUCCAGAACCCCGACGCCACCGAGACCACCGCCGACGACCUCAACGACUGCCUGGCCCGCUGCGAGGCCGAGGCCCUCCAGCUGACCAUUGACCUCGGCGAGAUCUACGACUGCGCCGGCGUCUCCCUGAAGCGCGGCGUCGAGGUCGACAACUGCCUCUUCAUCGCCGACAACAAGAUCCUCGACCUCGACCUCAACCUCGGCACCGACCCCAGCGCUGACUCCCUCCUCAGCGGCCUCCUCGGUUAA